CACGCGCCACCUGCGGGGCUGGCUGGCUUCCUCUUUCUGCGGGGGGAACACAGUUUCCCCGCGGGAGUUCGGGAGCGCGCGGGCUGGCGCGCACACAGGCUGGCAUCCACACACGCCAGAGCGCGCGAUCAUCCCUGCUGCAGCCCGGCCGGGCAGACCGAGCUGCUGCAGUUUCCCUGAGCCCAGAGUCGAGGGGAAAGCAGAACCAUUGUGCCUCCGAGAGAGACAGGUGUCAGCCGGCCCCCUUGGGUAUCAAGCCCAGCAGACUGCUCCCCCUCAUCGGUUGGAAUGCUCCCUGAUUCUCUGGAACACUUCUAAGCCUGACUGCGAGGAGCCUGCUGGAGGAUGCCGUCAGAACGCUGUCUCAGCAUUCAAGAAAUGCUGACGGGCCAGAGGCUGUGCCACUCAGAAUCUCACAAUGACACCGUCCUCGCAGCACUGAAUCAGCAAAGAAGUGAUGGCAUUCUCUGUGACGUGACCCUGAUUGCCGAGGAACAGAAAUUCCACGCUCACAAGGCAGUCCUGGCGGCCUGCAGCGACUACUUCCGGGCCAUGUUCAGUCUUUGUAUGGUGGAGAGUGAAGCCGAUGAAGUAAACUUACGAGGCGUGACCAGCCUGGGCUUAAAGCAGGCUCUGGAGUUUGCCUACACAGGACAGAUUUUGUUGGAGCCAGGCGUGAUCCAGGAUGUGUUGGCAGCUGGGAGUCACCUGCAGCUGUUGGAGCUUCUCAACUUGUGUUCCCACUAUCUCAUCCAGGAACUAAAUAGCUUUAAUUACUUGGAUCUGUACAGACUUGCUGACCUCUUUCACCUCACUUUGCUGGAGAAGGCUGUGAUUGAUUUCCUAGUGAAGCAUCUCUCGGAGCUUCUAAAGAGUCGCCCGGAGGAUGUUCUCACACUGCCCUACUGUCUGCUUCAGGAAGUGCUCAAGAGUGACCGCUUGACCUCCCUGAGUGAAGAGCAGAUCUGGCAGCUAGCCGUGAGGUGGCUGGAACACAACUGCCAUUACCAGCAUUUGGACGAGCUGCUGCAGUACAUCCGCUUUGGACUAAUGGAUGUGGAUACCCUCCACACGGUUGCCCUAUCCCACCCCCUGGUCCAGGCAAGUGAGACGGCAACUGCCCUCGUCAAUGAGGCCCUGGAAUACCACCAAAGCAUCUAUGCCCAGCCUGUGUGGCAGACCCGCAGGACCAAACCGCGGUUCCAGUCAGACACUCUCUAUAUCAUUGGUGGGAAAAAGCGUGAGGUCUGUAAAGUCAAGGAGCUUCGGUACUUCAAUCCCGUGGAUCAGGAGAACGCUCUCAUAGCCGCCAUUGCCAACUGGAGUGAGCUGGCUCCUAUGCCAGUGGGAAGGAGCCAUCACUGUGUGGCGGUCAUGGGGGACUUCCUGUUUGUAGCCGGAGGGGAAGUGGAGCAUGCCAGUGGCCGGACGUGUGCCGUGAGGACUGCCUGCCGCUAUGACCCUCGCAGUAAUUCCUGGGCAGAGAUAGCACCCAUGAAAAACUGCCGGGAGCAUUUUGUGCUGGGUGCCAUGGAUGAAUACCUCUAUGCGGUAGGGGGCAGAAAUGAACUGCGCCAGGUUCUGCCAACAGUGGAAAGAUACUGCCCCAAGAAGAACAAAUGGACUUUUGUGCAGUCCUUUGACCGAUCCCUUUCGUGUCACGCUGGAUAUGUGGCUGAUGGUCUUCUUUGGAUAUCAGGUGGGGUAACUAACACGGCACAGUAUCAAAACAGACUGAUGGUGUAUGAACCCAACCAGAAUAAGUGGAUAAGCCGUAGCCCCAUGCUCCAGAGAAGGGUCUACCACUCCAUGGCCGCUGUCCAGAGGAAACUCUAUGUUCUUGGAGGCAAUGACCUAGACUACAAUAAUGACCGGAUUCUCGUGCGCCAUAUAGAUUCUUACAACAUUGACACUGACCAGUGGACACGCUGUAAUUUCAACUUGUUGACCGGCCAGAAUGAAUCUGGAGUUGCUGUCCAUAAUGGGAGAAUAUAUUUGGUUGGUGGAUAUUCGAUUUGGACAAAUGAGCCUCUGGCUUGUAUCCAGGUACUGGAUGUCAGCAGAGAAGGCAAAGAAGAGGUGUUCUAUGGACCUACACUUCCCUUUGCUUCGAAUGGCAUAGCAGCAUGCUUCCUUCCCGCUCCGUAUUUCACGUGCCCCAACCUUCAGACCCUGCAGGUGCCUCAUCACAGAAUCGGCACUGUCUGAGAAGCCAGCACUGUUAGACAGCAUCAGGAGCCCGAAGGAGAGCUUGACAUCUGGAUACAGGCCACGAACAUCCUCAGUGUUCCAUGCUUCCCUGUCAUGUUUUACAGGUCUAAAAUUGUCUAAAUACUAGCAAAAAAAGAAAAAAAAAGAGCAAUUUUCUAAAACAUAUUGCGAGAAUUCCGUCACUUCUUUUCCAUGUAUGUUAACACACGUAUGUAUAACUUUUUGUUGUGGUGCACCUUAAUGCUGUCCGAUGGGCACAUUACUGUUUCAUGGAUCUUUAAGACAUUCCUCUUACCCUGUUCUUAUCAGCGCCAUCCAGUGUCACGUGACACUGUUAGUAAGGCAUCUUUCACAGUGGCAUUGGUUGUCUCCUAAUCUUCUGCACUGCUGCCCUUGACUGCUUAAACAUCAGAGCAUCCGUCAGUUUUUAAAGCAUUGUCACAUUCUGCAGCUCUGCUCAGGAGAGGCUAGCAGUGCGAUGUCGUAAGCAGCACUAAGGGCCAUGUGUUACUCAAGGUGAUAGGAGAAGCCGACUUGGAAAAGGCAGAUUUCCAGCCCUGCUUACUCUGCCCUUGUGUGGGAACUUUACAGCCUCAAAAAAUGGUAACUGUUCAUCUCCACGUUAACUGAAAAGAAUGCUGUGAGAAUCAGGCAAAUGCUCAGAACUUUGCCUAAGAAGAAAAGUUACUCAAAUUCUAAAGUGUUUUACUGUCUUUUAGAACCUUGUUAACUGAACCACGUCCGGUGUGAUAAACGAGUCUAAGAAUAUCAGGAAGACACUGUACCUAUCCUAACUAGGAACACCAAAGAUCCCUAAGCUUGUACAAAUUCUUGCCAGAAAGAAUUCUCUUAAAUGCCUCAUCUUAAAAAACAAAAAUUAGCUGUACUAGCCAUGAUACCACAGGAGGCUGUGACAUAAAUCUGAACUGAGAGUGGGCAGUUCUAAUGGACAUUUUCCAAGUUACUAAAGGCUAUGCCAAUCCUGAGUGCUUCUGGGAUUCCCCACCACUGCCAAUACAUUUUUUAUUACUACCACUUUUAAUGAUGCAAAGUUCUUUUUUUAGUUUAGAAUUUUGGGUUCGCUUUAUCUACAACCAAAAUAAAUCAUCUUAAUAAUAACAUUUUAACAUAAACUCAACAUGUUUGUUUUCCUAAUCUUGCCAAGACUUGACGUCAUUUUUAUUAAACGGCUGCUUUCCCACUGCCACUCGGUCAUUCCAGCAGUGCCUGCGUCACAGAAACUUUUAACUGUGGAACCACUUUUGUUUUUAAUCUUCAUAAGUAAAUGAAAAAAUAACCCUUUUCUGUUUGUGUAGGGUGGCUUCAAUAGGCUAUGUAACUAUGCUGGCCCCCCAACUCCUGAUCCUCGCAGAUAAAACAACGUGUUUGUCUUAGCAAUCUCACUAACUCUAAGCACUGUGUAAGGACACCUAACACAUGGUUCUUGAGAGUAAAAAUGAUCUAGUUACUGGGUUACAGGACAGGAAGAAAGGUAACAAACUCGAGUCAGACAGAGCAGCGACAGCUGGUGUGGACAGACGCUGCAAGCACUUAAAAAGCUUCCUCAGAGCCUUCAGAAAUAAACUUAAGACAUUCUGUCAGUCUCGAAAAUGCAUUCCUGCCCUGCUGAAUUCUUACAAUACAGGCAUAGAUAGCAGGUGUUUCAGACUUACUGAUGUCUCUAAAACCAUUAAAUACAUAAUGCUAUAGUAAACAAACAAAUAAAUGAACAAAUAGUUAUAUUCCCAGGUCCUAUACCCUGAAUGAAAGGAAAUGGCUUCAAAAUAAGCUUGCCUGAAUGACAACCUUAGACAUUCUGGAUUCAUUUCUAAGCAUUCAUUUAAGUCAGUAUAAACUACCAGUUAGUUUCUCCUUGAUUGUGUUCAUUCUUGCCGAGUAUGGACAUAUUCUUCACAUCUCUAAUCAAAGAAGAGCAUCAAAACUAUCACACGCCUUUACUACAAAAAAAGAAGAUCCAUAGUGCACAGUUAGAUCCCUUCCCCCAAAUCGUCUGCAAUGAGGAAAACAAUCUAUGGACUUAUAGUUGACGUAUAUUAUAAACAAACCCCAUUUGGAAUACUGUUAUAUAGCUAUCUACUAUUCAAGUGUAGUAUCCAUUAGUGAUUUGUCUUCUAUUUUCAGUCCUCAGCAUUAAAGACUGGAUUUUGUUUUCCCUAUGGGACCAAAAGACUUUGAAGCACCUAAAUAUCACUUGAGGAUUCUACUUUAAAACAUAAACUGAGUUUCCACAAUAAUUCUGUUGUGAAAGGCAAAGCUGGCAAAGACAUGACUCUCCACCUACAAUGUAAGAUGCAAUAAACCCCCUAAUCUUUAAAAAUAAGAUAGCAACGACAUCACAAUUGCGGCACCUUUUGUACCGUCUUGUUUUCUUCACAACUAAGUACAUGAGGAGCAUCCCCUUUACCUACCGCAGAAGUGGGAACCUUCAAUUGUUUCCCCACGAAUUAUAAAUGCAAUAGGAAUGAAAGAUACUGUUUCUCUAAGUAACAUGGCUCCUCUUUUAUUUUCAUUAGAUAAUCAGCGACACACUGCAGGUCAAAUGCACACAUUAAAAUUGAUAUGCCUAUCUUUCAUCUUUAUUAUAUGCAAACAACCUAUAACUACACAUAAAACAAUAUCUAUAACAUGUAACAAACUGGGUAACUGUCGGCACAACAAUGUUCUAAGUAAGGAUGGGGAUAAAGCCUGGUUGGUAGAGUGCUCACCUCACCUGCCUGAACCUAGGGCUCCUCUGUGGGAGCUCAUGCUUGUAAUCCCAGUUUGCUUGGGAAGUGGAGGUCAGAGGAUCCGAAUUCAAGGUCACUCUUGGCUACCAAGAAUUUUCAAAGAAGCCAGCCUGAAACAGAGACACUGACCCUGUCUUUCACAAAUAAACACAUAAGUAAAAUAAUAAAAUCGGUCAAUUAGAAUCGUAUGGUACUGAAUCAGGUAAGUUCACCAUACAGAAGAUCCCAGUGAAAACACAACUCUUGUAUUUAGAAAGAAGAUCCUAUUUUGCUAGACUCCUAGACUUAUUGUCUUAACUAAAUAAAGCACACCGUUUUUACUGACAUUUUACACUCUUGCUUGUCUAGGCAAUACAUUUGACUCUAAGAAGGGUAGGCAUUUGGUGUUGCUCAGUGCAGGAAAGAAGAUGUAGGACGUAGAAAGAACAAAUUUCCUUGAGGGUUUCCCCAAAGUGCAGAAAGAUACCAAUUUUUAUAUAAAAUAUGAACUGCCAAAGAUCCUGUGGAAACUGUGUGAUUAUUCUGAUGAUGGACACCUAUCACUCCCUCGCUCAAGCACUUGGUGGGAGGCUAAGGCAGAAGGAUUAUACAUUUAAGGCUGGCCUGGGAUAAACAGCAAGACACUCAAAAAAGAACAGAAAUGUAAACAAAACCUAGUAAGAGAGAGAGAAAAAAAAUGUUGAGAACACAUGGAAAUAAGCCCAUAUAUUAUUUAGAAACAAAGUAUCUUAUAACUGAGGAAGAACACGGUAGAGGUGUUUAUCACCAAGUUUGAAGGCCUGCGUCAGAUUCUUCAGACCAACAUGGUGGGAGAAGAGAACUGAUUUUUCCAAGUUGUCCUCUGACCUAAUGUAUGUGCGCACACACACAUAUACAAAAACAGGUGGGUAAAGGAAAACAUUAUUUUAAAAAGUGAAGUCAGUGUGGAGCACAUACCUACAUUCCUGCCACUGGGGUGCCUAAGGCAAGGAUUUUGAGUUUGAGUGUGGCUAGCCUGAGCUACACGGCGAGCCAGAAUUCAUACACUGAGCCCCUAUAUCAACAAAACAAAAUCACCAAGCAAAGAAAACAAACCACUAAACCAAACAUACCAAACCUGAGGAAAAGUCUGAUAGAGGCUACAGGAUAAUAUACAUCCAUCAGUCCAAGACAUAAUAAAAAUACUUUCUUAAAUAAAUGCUGAGAUAGAAAAGCAAGUCAAAUGCAGUCAUCCAUCACUUAAUGGCUGGGAUGUACUCUGAGAAAUGCAUCCUUAGGCAAAAUCAUUGUACUAGCACAAUAGGUGGUAGUCAAUCAUUUGUGGCCUCUGGACGCUAUCCAGAUAUGUGGUGCUGGUGUAAUAAGGCUUACUGUUUUACAAUAAAGUUUUUCUGAGUACUUUUAUAUAGUAGGCGUACAAUCUAAAACAAAGAGGGGUAAUAAGUACACAAAGCACCAAGUCAUCUAUCAUGAAGUCUUAUGUACUGUACAUAGUUAUACGUGCUGUAUAUAGUUCUGUGUCUGGCAGGGUGAUGGGCUCACCUGUCCCAGCGUCACUACUUGUGUUGACUAUAUUACACUGUGAUGUUACAAUGGCAAUGAACCUAGGUGGUAGGGACGUUGGCGAUCUGCCAUAAUCUCAUGGGAUUACCUUGGUAUGUGAGUCCUAUCACUGAAACAUCAUGUACCACAUGAUUUUACUUAAGAGAAAAAUGAUAUAUAGACAUUUAAAAUUAUGAAAUCUUUCUAGUGCAAAUGAACUUAGUACUCAUUGAGUUUUGCAGAUCAUCCUUCAAAUUUCUCUUACCUAUCUAGUUAGAUGCUAAUUAAAUUGAAGUUUGAAUCAAAACCAAAUCUUAAUGUCUAAUAAAACGUUU